UACAGAACGGCCCUCAAUAUUCUCAGCUUCUACAUCUUUGUCGCGCCUUUCCGGCGAAAAUUCCGGUAGAAUCUUAGCCGUCCACGUGGCCGCCGGCGAUCGGAAUCUUGAAAUAUUCUGGUAGUUGAUCAGUGAUUGGUUACCCUAAAUCUACCAUUUUGUGCUGUUCUGUUGCAUGAGUUGGGCAAGAUAAUGGGGGACAUGCCAGGUUAUUUCAGAACAUGCUUUCACACAGGGAAGCUUGCGUGUUUGGCAAUGUUAGUAUCUACAGGGAUUGUAUUGCAAAUACUGGCAUGUGCUUUGUACAAUAACUGGUGGCCAAUGUUGACAGUUAUAAUGUAUGUCAUUCUACCUAUGCCUUUGAUGUUCUUUGCCGGUUCAGAUACUUCCAGUCUCUACUCCGAAUCUCAAAGCUGUUGGCUAGAUGCAACUAAGUUCUUGACUGGAGCAUCCACUGUUGGCAGCGUUGCAAUUCCGAUUAUCUUAAAGCAUGCUGGUGUAAUUGGUUGGGGAGCCAUGGCAUUGGAGCUCUCAUCCUUUUUCGUUUUUGUACUGUCCAUCUUGUGUUAUCUUGGGACGAGUGAAAACGAUGGAUAUAGUAUGUUCUGAGAUUGGCCUUAUACUACUUCCUGCUUUAUUUGUGUGCAACAUAAUAUGGAGCCUCAACUUUGCAUACUCGCGCACAUGGUCGUUGCCUCUUGUUGUGUUUUGUAGAUAGAUAGAAUUGUAGAAAUAUUGUGAUUAUAAAUUAUUGGCUGUUAUAAGUCAACAGAUCCCGCGAGCUGCAUUUGAUGUUUUAUACUUCUUCCAAGAUGAAUUCAUUUUUUCUCAUUGAAAUUUCGGUUGUGUAAUAUUGGAAAUUGAAGUGGAAGAAUGAAAAAGUUUGAUCCAUUUGUGUACAGAA